GUGGAGGAGGAGGGAGGGCCACUCGCGUCACCAUGCUGCUGGAGGAGGUCCGCGCCGGCGACCGGCUGAGUGGGGCUGCGGCCCGGGGUGACGCGCAGGAGGUACGCCGCCUGCUGCACCGCGAGCUCGUGCACCCAGACUCCUUGAACCGCUUCGGCAAGACGGCACUGCAGGUGAUGAUGUUUGGCAGCCUUGCCAUCGCCCGAGAGCUCCUGAAACAAGGUGCCAGUCCUAACGUCCAGGAUGCCUCCGGCACCAGCCCGCUCCAUGAUGCAGCCCGCACUGGAUUCCUGGACACCCUGAAGGUCCUUGUGGAGCAUGGCGCUGAUGUCAAUGCACCAGAUGGCAAUGGGGCGCUGCCCAUCCACCUAGCGGUGCGGGAGGGCCACGCUGCGGUGGUCAGCUUCCUGGCUCCAGAGUCUGACCUCCAUCACAGGGACGCCGCGGGGCUCACACCCCUGGAACUGGCACAGCAGAGGGGGGCUCAGGACCUCAUGGACAUCCUGCAGGGGCACAAGGUGAUCCCGCUGUGACACGGGACACCUACUACAACCAGAGAACCCUGUGGGUUUAUCUGUCAGAAGAGGAGAGAAGAAACUCCUCUCCUUGCUGCUCCUGCCCACUGGAGAAGGGAGGAGAACCAAUUUGUGGCUUAUUGGUGUUGAUUUCUGGAGUGUGUGUGUUUGGGGGACGUUUCUCAUUCGUUUUCUCACCAUUUGGUGUGUUGGACAGAGAAGGACUCCUAUAGGCAACAGCCACCUAAACGGUUUAGUUUCUUCAGCAUCCCGGGCUCCUGGGGCUGCAGGAGAGACCCGAGGGCGGAGGGUUUAAAGCCCCAGCCCCAGAAUGAGGUCAUCACCGCUAGGGCUUCUGGAAUCUGGUGACCUUGGCCGGCUGUGCUCAAAGUCCCAGCGUGUGUGCCCAGCUUUGAGCAUGGGGGGAGGGGGAAGCGUUUUGGUUAAUCAAAGGGUAACAUGAGUUCAUUCAUAUUUUGUUGGAAGCUUGUUCUCCGAUCUCUUGUACAGCACUGAAGAAAGAGAUUCUAUUUAUUAAGCUUUAUGGAAAAAUUGUUGUGUGUGUGAUAAUUUAAUGUUUUUACCCAUUAAAUUAAGACUUACGUAUGUUCACAGUG